UUUACUUCCUGUAGAUAACCUUCCUCGGCUUUCACUAUUCCUGAGCCUGAGCUGCUCUGUGGAUUCCUGAGCGCGUUUCUCUGUCUGGAAUCUAAAACAUGUCAAAGGAACUUCUAAGAGUCAGAGGCCAGCUGGUGAAAAGUUGCAACAAAACAUUGAUAGAUGGCCUACUUGAUGACCUACUGGACGCUGAGUUUUUCAAGUCCUCAGAGGUGGAAUACAUCCGGGAGCAACAUGCAGUGUGCGGGGACAGAUGCCGUUCCAUGGUUGACAUGGUGAAAAAUAAGGGAGACCUUUGUUGCAACUUCCUGCUCCAAAAAUUGUCAGAGAGGGAUGCAUACCUCAGUGAUCACCUGAACAUAACAGUUUCAGGUCGUGCGGACAAAAAGACAACAGAACCACCCAACAAUUCAGAAAUCACUACAGUUACCUUAUGCUCAGAGGAAGAAAUACAGAGAAUUUUAAAUUUAGAAGGUUCUAAGAUGUAUCACAUGCUACCUCGUGGACAACGAAAGCGUCAGGCUUUGAUAAUCUGCAAUAUAAAAUUCAAAGCUGUGUCAGAACGCACAGGAGCUGAGCAUGAUUUGACCGGGAUGACCAAGCUGCUAGAGGUCUUUGGGUACCAAGUUACGUCUUUGGUAAAUCUCACAUCAGAGGAAAUGCUGAAGGCCAUGCAGAGAUUUGCAGAUCUGGAGGAACAUAAAUAUUCAGAUAGUACCUUUAUAGUUCUCAUGUCUCAUGGAGUGAGAGAUGGUGUUUGUGGAGUUAACAGUGAUCACAAACAACAAAAUGGACAGAUAACUGACCUUCUUAAGACCGAUGAUAUUUUUACGAUUUUCAACAAUGUGAACUGCCCGAAACUACGGGGAAAACCCAAGGUCAUCAUUAUCCAAGCUUGUCGUGGAGUGGAGAAAGGUUCCGUAUUGGCCAGUGACUCUACUCUAAAUCACCCCAGUGGCGAGUUUGAGAGUGAUGUAAUGGUACAGAAAGAAUCUGACUUUAUCUGCUUCUGCUCUUCAACCCCAGACACAGUAUCUUGGAGAAACAAAAAGACUGGUUCACUGUUCAUCACUAAACUGAUUGAAAUCAUCAAAAGCGAAGCUCACUGCUCUUCACUGGAGGACAUCUUCCGUGAUGUUCAGUUGCAUUUUAAGGACGACAUUCAAAUGCCUACACAGGAGAGGAAGACACUGUUGAAAAAAGUUUACUUGCUGCCAGGCUACUGAUUUACACAUUGAGCAAUGGGAUAACUCAGUCAACAUGUUAAAUUGUAUUCUUAAAUAAUGUUAGUACUAUUGAUGUUAUAGCUGAUUUGUGUUUUCACUUGUAUCCUUAUUAUGAUUUAAUGUGUUUUUUUACAUUUAUGGUGGGUUUACUUCAGAGUCAUUGAAUUGGCAAAUAAUUAGUCCAAAGACUUCCAAUGUAUAUUGGGUUAGAAAAGUCUACUUGAAAGUCUCUUGGUUUUUUUGUUUACUUGUGCCAUUACAGAAGGAAAUGUAACAUAA